UUUAACUCCUUAUGUAAAAAUUUAGUUUAUUUCAGCUAUUAGAAGAUGGUUCAAUUUAUGAGGGAUAAUGGAUGAAUGGAUUGAGGGAAGGCAGAGGAAAAUUGAUUUAUCCUGAUGGUUCUAUUUAUGAAGGCUACUUUUUAUAAGACUAUUAACAUCUUCAUGGAAGAUUAAUUAUGGCAUCAGGAGAUUAUUAUGUAUAGAAUGCUAUUUAGUAAAUAGUAAGGGGAUUUUAAGUAUGGCUAAAUAGAAGGCAAUGGGACAUAUAAAUAUGCUGAUGGUACAAAAUAUGAAGGUGAGUUCAAAAAUAAUAGGCAAAAUGGUUUUGGCAAAGAAACAUGGCCUGAUGGAACAAAGUAUGAAGGAAGUUAUGAUAAUGGAGUUAAAUAUGGAACAGGCCGAUUUUAAUGGACAGAUGGAUCGAUUUAUGAAGGCAGUAUAGUAAAUGAUUAAAUGGAAGGUAUCAAUUUUUAUUCAUUAAUUUUAGGAUAUGGAACCUUUGUAUGGGCUGAUAAGAGGAAAUAUAAUGGUAAUUGGAAAAAUAGUAUGAUGAAUGGUCAAGGGGAAUUAUUUUACCCUGAUGGAAGAUAUUACAAAGGUAGAAUAAAACUGAAUAUUAUUUUAGGUUAAUUUCAAAAUGAUCUUAGAAAUGGGGAUGGGACAUUCUUUUAUAAUGAUGGAACAAGUUAUUUUGGACCAUGGAAAAAUGAUAAAUAACACGGAAAAGGAAUUAGAAAAUAAAAAGGAGGGCAGGAUGAAGAGUAAGAAUGGAAUAAUGGAUCUAGACUAAUUUGA